CGCGGUGCCGGCAGCGCGAUGUGAGCCGCGGGCGGAGCGGCGGCUGCCGGGGGCUGCUGUGAGUCCAUGCGUCCCGUACCGUGCUCUAGCGACAUGGAUUUUGGGCAGAGCAAUCUGUUCGGGUACAUAGAAGACCUGCAGGAACUAACUAUUAUAGAGCGGCCGGUGCGCAGGAGUCUGAAGACACCAGAAGAAAUAGAACGAUUGACAGUUGAUGAAGAACUCAAUGACAUUGAAAGGGCUCUUUACCUGCUCAGUUCUGGCCAGGAUGUCCAAGGAACAAGCGUGGUGGCAAAUCUUCCAGUCCUGAUGCGACAGAAUCCUGCAGAAACACUCCGUCGAGUUUUACCAAAAAUCCGAGAGGUGCUGCACGUUGCAGGAGUGGAAAUGCAGUUAACAGCUGCUGUUUCAUUUUUAACUGUACUGCAAGAUGAAUCGGUGUCCAUUCAUACAUACUCCCACUCCUUCCUACACAUCAUUCUCCAGAACUUGGAACACAGGGAUGCAGGUGUCAGCAACGCAUGGCUAGAAACUCUUCUUGCUGUAAUAGAAGCUUUACCCAAGGAGACUAUCAGACAUGAGAUCCUGAAUCCACUUGUUUCCAAGGCACAGAUUUCUCAAACACUUCAGUCACGCUUAGUUAGUUGUAAAAUCAUGGGAAAAUUAACUAACAAAUUUGAAGCUCACAUAGUUAAAAGAGAGAUUCUUCCAUUGGUAAAAUCACUGUGCCAGGAUGUAGAAUAUGAAGUAAGAACUUGCAUGUGUCGGCAACUAGAACAUAUAGCUCAAGGAAUAGGGACAGAACUAACCAAAACUGUAGUGCUUCCUGAAUUAGUAGAGCUGGCAAGAGAUGAGGGCAGCAGUGUACGCCUUGCAGCUUUUGAGACAUUAGUGAAUCUGCUUGAUAUGUUUGACUCAGAUGAUAGGAGGCAAACUGUGCUCCCCUUAGUGAAAUCAUUCUGUGAAAAGUCCUUCAAAGCUGAUGAAUCCAUCCUAGUUUCCUUAUCUUUCCAUUUGGGAAAACUGUGCAAUGGAUUAUAUGGCAUUUUUACUCCUGAGCAGCAUUUACGGUUUUUGGAAUUUUAUAAGAAGCUUUGUACACUGGGCUUACAGCAGGAAAAUGGACACAAUGAUAAUCAAUUACAACUGCAAACUCUGGAACAGGAAAAGAAGUAUAUUUCAGUGAGGAAGAACUGUGCUUACAAUUUUCCAGCCAUGAUAGUUUUUGUGGAUCCAAAGAACUUCCAUUUAGAACUGUAUUCUAUAUUCUUCUGCCUUUGUCAUGAUCCUGAAGUUCCAGUCAGAUAUACCAUGGCCAUAAGCUUCUAUGAAGUUGCUAAGCUUUUAAAUUCUGGCGUGUAUACAAUUCAAAAAGAACUGGUUACCCUAUUACAGGAUGAGUCACUGGAGGUUUUAGAUGCUCUGGUAGGUCACCUUCCUGAAAUCCUUGAGCUAAUGAUUAAUGGAGGAGAAAACAGUGGAUCAGAAAGCAAGUUACUGUCUAUUCCUGACUUGAUUCCUGCAUUGACAACAGCAGAACAGAGAGCAGCAACUUCCUUAAAGUGGAGAACUCAUGAGAAGUUACUACAAAAAUAUGCGUGUCUCCCUCAAAUCAUAUCAAGUGAUCAGAUUUAUUACCGUUUUCUUCACAGAAUGUUGACAAUCAUUUUGACAAAUAAUGUCCUCCCAGUCCAAAAAGCAGCUGCUCGAACUCUGUGCGUUUAUUUACGUUAUAAUCGCAAACAAGAACAGAGGCAUGAGGUUAUUCAGAAACUGAUUGAACAACUGGGCCAAGGAAAAAGUUAUUGGAACAGACUUCGUUUUUUAGAUACUUGUGAAUUCAUUAUGGAACUCUUUUCAAAAUCAUUCUUCUGUAAAUACUUCUUUCUACCUGUGCUUGAGCUUACACACGACCCAGUGGCAAAUGUGAGAAUCAAGCUGUGCUAUUUGUUGCCAAAAGUUAAAUCUACUCUGAAGAUUCCCACUGAUAAACAUUUGCUUCAGCAGUUGGAGUUAUGUAUACGGAAACUUUUGUGCCAAGAGAAAGACAAAGAUGUCCUGACUAUUGUAAAAAGAACAGUGUUAGAAUUGGACAGAAUGGAUAUCUCUUUAGAUGCUUUUCAGAAAAGAUUUUACGAAAAUGAUUUAUUGGACCAAGAAAAAGAAAGACAAGAACAUCUCCUUUUGGAAAUGGAACAAUUAGAAAAAGAGAAGCAGCAAAACGAAGGAAGAUCUGCAAAUAUUAAUGAUAAAAUAUUUGAAAAGAAGCGAAGAGAUAAUAAAGCAUCAUCAGUGUUGGCAAAAAGUAUGACUCUUUCUUCUUCUGGGAGCUCUUCUGGUACUUCAACAGGCAAAGAAGACAAAAAAUCCAAGCUGGUUCGAAGCCAGUCUUUCAGUACUCAAGCGCUGCAUCCAAAAUACAGCAACAUAGACAAGUGUUCUAAUAAAAGCUCUGCUACAGGGUAUACAUCUUCACUAUCAGGAAUGGGGAAGGGUUGUAUGUUAUCCUUUAGUGAUGAUUCAUUUCGGACUCGUUCCACUGGUAACAGUGGGAAUGCUACCUUCUCUCCCAGUUCCUCACUCAUAGCUUCUCGCAACUCAUUUAACUCAGCUGACCAAAAGAGCAAUGGAAAUAAAGAGAGCCAAUCCCGAAAGAUGAGCAUAAAAAACAGAAAGUCAAACUCCUAGAUCUUCUGACGGGUUAAGAAGAGAAUGGGUGACUGCUGGAAGCAGAAAUUUCAAGUGAUAGCGCUGGAGCAGCACAUGGGACUGUAAUGCCUGGGGUGACCAAACGCAUCUUGCAGUGUUAAGACCUUUUAACGUUUAAACAAAAUCCCAAGUUGUAAAAUAAGUGAUGUAAUGGUUGCAGACUUCUAAUGUUGUAGUGAAAUGUAAUGAAAUGCAAUUUCAGCUAUGUGCUUUUCACUGCUGCAGCUAAAGAGAGGAUUUUGAUUUCUUCAGUUAUGCCUUUGUAGUUCAAAUUCUUGGAUUUAGAAUGCACAUAUCCAUUACUUAAUCAGAUCAAUUCACAAUUUUAUUAAUUCUUAACAUCCAUAUUUUAUUCAAGAAAUAGAAGGAAUUGUCAUGAAUAUGAAAAAGCAAUCCUGCAUCUUAAAGAUCUUUCAAACCUAAUUUAAGAUCAAAAUCCAGACCCAUUGAUCAGUUUUAUAUAGAUAAAACACAAACUUCAGUAGCAUUGUACUGUGAUUUUGAAGGUAAAGUUUUUUACACGUACAAAGUAAAGUUCAUAGAAAUUCUGUGUAAGUUUUGUAGCAGUCUAAAAGGAGAUGUCUCCAGAUGAUAUUUAAAAAAAGUUUUAUUUCAUAAGUUUUGUUGUAUAAAUACUUGCUUUAAUUUUUAGUAUUUCAAAUUGUAUUUUCACUUGAAUAAUUUAUAAUGAUGAAUCUAGUUUUUAAUUAGCUGUUAUUGCAAGCAAUCAUGCUUCAGUGAUGUCAUCUGCAUUAAUGCUAAUGUUUCUAUCAAAAUAUGUCUGUGGAAAAACAUUCAAUUCUAUUUUAAAAAGUUCUAUUUACGUUAAUACUUGAGAGAGCAUAUGAAGCUAUUGUCAGCUUCUCUAUUUCAAAAUGGAAGCAACAUAAAUAUAUUAAUAUAAGAAAUAACUGCUUUUUUAACUCUGUUGGUGUAUGAUAAAGAUGAUCCAAUUUGUGAAUGCAUAUGCGUGUGUGGUUACUUUUUAUAAUGUAACAAUAUGAAUGAUGAGUUUAUUCAAAAUAAAACUAGGACAAUGCUGUACAUGCAUGGUCUUGAAAUAAAUAUUUUUUCUCAGGGCAUCUUUUAUAACUAAAAUAAAAGCAUUUACCUAUGGAAAAUAUUUAUUUAACAUAGUAAUAAUGCUAGAUUUAUGCUGUCCUGGGUGAAGUGCAAGACGCUUUAUUUAGCAGCGUUUUAUUAUCUAAAUACUUCAGCCUCUUAGUCCACAGUUGGAUUUAAGUGUUUUCUCUUUUUCUGGUCAUAAACAUGGUUUGGAUUCUGUGGAAAAACUCAAGUUUCAGUUUGUGCUGCAGCUUGAUGUAGGCUCCUGCUAAUCAGAUUCCUUUAAAAGCUGCCUCAAGUAUGGUGAUGUUUUUGACAUUCGGUGAUGCAGAUGUGCUGGCUCUUCUCAGGUUUGGCUUCUGUUUCCCUGAUGCAAACAGACACUUUCCCAGGGCUUGUUGCCUCAACAGCUGUGAUCCUUGGGCACCAGAGACUGCUCAGUGUUCUCAGUUUCUCUUCUGAUAACAAACAAAUCAGCAGUACUCAGCUGUAGAACAGGGUCUGUAACUGUUUGGCACUCAUAUACCUUUAUUAAACACAUCAGAACAGUUAGUGACUUCCUAGAUUUGAACCCAAGCUAUUUCUCCCCUCUAUAUGUAUAAGUAUAUAUAUAUAAGUACAAUAGAUGACAAUCUUUGUCUGUCAUCUAUUUCUUGUUACUGUCAUUUGUCUGUCAUUUUUUAACAACUUUAUUUAAUUCUCCACUCAAUAACCCCACCACAUAUUAAAAUCCCACUGUGUAGUAUUUCAAUGCUCUUUUAAGACUUUUUUUUGGACUGUGUGUCUUCCUUAUAUAGUACUCCUGGUGUCCUGUGGAUCCUUCCAUCAGCCCUUCCUGUGUUACUUCAGUUGCAUGUCACCAGUACUUCCCAGUCUGCAGCAUUGUUUUACCUGCAGCUCACAACACCAGCACAGCUCAGCUGUAUAGUGAUGACUAUAGCAGCAUUCAUUCUGCUAAUUGUUCUGAGGCAGGAAGCAGUGAUUCUUAUUUCUGGGUACAUACAUCCCGCUGUGUGCAGUUAGAUUAGAUAUGCCUUAUUAGUGCAAUCAGGUACCAGGGUCUCCUCUGCAAUUCCUUUUGUGAGUGGCUCACAGUAAUGUCUGAGUUACUGUAAAUGGACAACUAAUUGUUUCUGAGUUUUUAUUUUUAGAGCUGUUUGCCAGCUUUACCCCGUUUUUACCCUGUCAUCUGCACCAAACUCUUUUGUACCGAUUUGGACAGCUUUUUUUGGGAAAUAUGUAAGCUUAGGUCAUUUAGUUACAUAGUUAGGAGUAGCUUUUUUUUUUUGCAUUGUUUCAAAGUUAUACAUAGGACUCAAUUAAAAUGUACUAAAUAUUCAUGAUCUGGCUGUUCUUUCUGUAAAUGCUCUGUUGGAGUCACUGCACUACUUGAGUAAGGUGAUUUGCAAUGGUUUUCAGAAAUAUUUGAUCCUGAAAUCCAAAAGGUGUUUUCAAGCUAUGUGAACAGUUUUAUUCCAGUUUUGUGGAGGUAUGUUUUUUCCUACCAAAGUCUGUCUUCAUUUAAGUGUAGAGUGCCACAUCCUCAUUCUCUCUAAUAUCUAGACGAUAAUACACACAGAAAUUCUGCUUUUAGGAGAGAUCCAGAUUAGUGUUAUGAAUACCUGAAUAAUAUUGGGAAUUAUUUUGUCUUUUGGAGAAAGAAUAUUUUAAAAGCAGGCACAUCAUGAAGUAAUUUGAAACGUUUUGGAAGAAGUCAGUCUCCUGGACAAUGUAGACUUCAUGAUAGACGAUUUCUAUAGAAAUAAAGAUCUCUGUACAGGGGCUGUAAAUCCUUUUUAAGAAGCAGGCUUGUUCCUGCUUCUGUUGUUAUAAGUGGCAAAAAAUGGCUGACACCAAUGUAAGGCUCUUACGCUUCAGUACAACAGAAGAUAGCACUAAGAAAUAUCAAGCUGCAGUGCUUGGGAAUGAUCUUUCUGAAUA